UCUCGCUCUCACUGUAAUGGAGUUGUUCAUCUUCAUAGUGUUUCAGCUCCUGACGGAGGUUCAGUCUUACAAAUCUCCUACUGUAAAAGUAUCUCCAGAUGUCAUAAGAGAGUCCAGCUCAGUGAAGAUCAGCUGUGAGACUCCAGCAGAUGUUAGAGCGAGUCAGUGUUAUUUCACCAAAAACAGAGAAGAGAAGAAUAUAAAAGUUAGUUCAUCAUGUCAGCUCGAGCUCACUGGUGCUGAAGUGCUCAGAUGGGCAGGUGUAAAAUCACCUGAAUCAAUCUACAUUAACUGUUACUACACAAUAAAUGAACGAGGCGUCAAUAAACCAUCAUCUAAUUCUCCUCCUGCCACAGUGACAGUUCUUGAUUUCCUUCAGAAACCCUUCAUCAGUUUUGGUGAUAAUGAUGACCAGCUCUUCAUAUCAUGUGAAAUACCUCUUUCAGUCAGAGCUGAUUUCAUCUGUAGUCUCUACACUGAGGAUGAUGUUCUUCUGUUUCACCAUGUCUCUCAGUGGAUUAGUUAUGGAGGGAAUCUUUGUAUGUUUUAUGUAAGUCGUAGUGAACUCUUCACACAAUCAGUGAACAGCAGAGAGCUGAGCUGUGUUUAUUCACUCAAGACUGAACCUGAGAUCAGAUCACCACACAGUGACACAUACACCUUCAGAGACACAAUCCCCAUCACAGUCACCAUCACCAUCAGAGAUCUUCCUCAGGCCAAGUUGAGAGCGUCUGCUUCAGUUAUUCUGGAAACGGACACAGUUGAGCUGAGCUGUGAGAAUACUGAAGAUCUGAAGAUGGAGAAGUGUUACUUCAACAUAAAUGGAAGAGAAAGUAACUCAAAAGUGAGCUCAUCAUGUCAGAUCUCACUCACUGGAUCUCAGAUCAGUGUUUGGUCUGGAGGUCAGAGUUCAUCUGUGAGAAUAAGCUGCUUCUACACUGUGAUGAAGAAACAAUAUCAAAUACCAUCUGCUCACUCUGAUCCAGUGACAGUUACAGUCCAGGUUUUAACACCAACCACCACUGAACAUACGACUACAACAACAGCCACGACAACCUGUGAGUAAAUGAGUUUGCAAAUCAGUUAUUCUUCCUCUAUUUUGAAUUUCCUAAUAAAAAACGACAAUCAUUUUGUCAAGCUCAUUCAUUUAUUUUUAUUUUUAUUGUCACUGCAUAUUUCACCAUGUCUUUUCAUCGGCGCGAGCUGUAAUGUCCACUUCUGAAUCCACAACAACAUACAGUACAACUAUUCCAGCAUCAAUCAUUGAACAUAUGAGUAGAAAAGACACAACAGCCUCUUUAACUGUAAUGUCCACUUCUGAAAUCACAACAACAUACAGUAAAACUUUCUCAACAGUGACCUCUACUGAGAAAACUUUGACAACUGCCACAAAAACAACUGUUCCUCACACUGUUCACACUCACUCUGAAGACUCAUGGCGUUAUCUUUGUCUGAACUCAUAGGAUUCAUCUGUCUGUGCUGCUUCACCAGUUCUGCUGAUGUUCUCACAGAGCUGAACUACAGUACACCUCCUGCCAGAUAGACAACUUCUCUUUUAACCUCCUCUGACUGCCCCUCAAAACAUGGAUGACCUGUUUACUUUCUUUUCCUUUCACUAAAGUAUUAAAUCUUUAGUCUACAUGUAUAUAUUUCUUUAGCACCUCUGGAGUCUAAGGGUAUUUUGGGGCCUGGAGA